AUGCCGACGGCCAAUUUCUAUGGCGUGCCGCCCGGACGGCGCCACGGUGCUGUAGUCUGAGCAAUCAUCUGCGUAUGGUUCGCUGUUACGGCAUGCCGCAUCCUUCCCGUCCGAACGUUGGCUGGCGGAGCGCACAACCACUGGAAGCCCACGUACCGUCCCUAUGUGACCCAGCUCGCCGCCCAUUUACCACCCACCCGGCCCUCCGCAUGUCGUGCGUCUCGUGGACCGGACCUUGCUCCGCCGUCCCCACCUGGGGCUUGGUCUGCUCACCUCUAUUGUGUCACCUGGCUCUCGACGGCCUCUCGCGUUUGAAUGGGUCGCACCUAUGGAAGUCAUUCGUCUCGGCACGGCCUCGAGUGCUCGAAGGGAGCGCAGCAGUCGACGUCUGCCGUCAGCAUAACAAAAUCCUUGACGAAUCCUCCGGAACCGAGCUCGAGAUAGACGUCCGUCCGCGCAACCGAGUAGCGCAGCAACCCAGGAAAACGGCGGACCUCCACGCCUCCCCGCAUCGCUCGCGAUGCGCUCUGGUGCCAGACGGGCCCCGUCCUCGAGUCCUCCACGAGCCCGGUCGUCAGCACCAGCAGCAGUCGUCGUCCCGUCAGCCCAGCGCAAGCCCGCGUUUCGCAGCAGCAGCCAGGCGGCCCUCCAUGCUCCAGAAAAAUCCGCAGACGCCAGCGCCCGGCAUGAUCCAGGGAGAGCACGUUCGCUGAGUCGGUCUCCCUGGCGCGCGGAGAUGGCAGGCCCUCAUUCACAGUCAGCGCGUUCUGUCGCCUGAUACGUUGACGGCCCUCACCCCGCGCGGGCCUGACAGCGCAAUCACCCUACCCCGCAUUCCUCGGACGCAAAUUCGGAUUCGCGUCUUGCGCCUGCUUGAUUUGCCGCACGCGUUGGCUUUCCUGCAGCUGCAGCGGGCUCCGGGAUGGGACGCGCAGUCUUGGGUUCGCUGCGCCGAGUGUCUCGUGCACCCUUACGACACUUACGUCUUUUGCUCCCAUGCCGGUCAGACAAGCUCGCAUCGCACGCCAGCGCGAGUCCUCG